AUGGAGGGAUGCGAGACUCGUGGAGAACUCUACUAUCACCCACUCUACCUGUUUGCCGUCGUUUUUCAAGGCAUUUCGGGUUAUAUGACUUUUCCGAUGCUGUUCUUUAUCUGCAAAAAGUUUGCCUUCAAGGUGUAUUACCAUCCGAACCUCGUGGUGAGUUCAAAGUGAAUGCGCUCUGUUGAAAUUGUGAUCUCCGGCCGGCCGCCAAUGAAAAACAGAGAACUUCAAAGAUAAACUGAGGGAAAAAAGGCCGCAAUUUUGACAUAACCCCGGUCUCUCCUGUCUCAAACCAAUCGGUCCGGAACAUGGAUUAAAAAAUUUCUAUCCAAAAAAGCCUGAUGAAUUCUGUUUGUUUCGCUGUUGAAAAAAAAACUAGGCCGCAAAGAUCAUACGGAUUCUGAACACACAGCGCCUUUACUUUAAAGUACCCCGAGAGUACGUAGGAAAACGAGUUCUGAACCUUAAACUUUUCAUCAAACAGAACCUUGGUCUGUCAGUGUUGAUAUUUUGACAUUUCUCAAAUUUCAGAGUUUAAAAUCCAGUUUGAACCUCUCUCCUCCCCCGAGAGCCUAAUUAUCCAACUUUUUUAGUAUUCGAUCAAAAGCCCAUGCUAUAAUCACAAGUUUCGUAUGAAUGAAGCAGACAACUCCAAAUUUUGACUAAUAAACUACAAAUAUUGAUCGUAGUCCUACAAUAACAUUUUUGCAGUUCCUAAUGAUGUUGAACGUUGUCAGCUGCCUACUCCUCGGCGGAAUCACUGCCUGGAGUGCGACCAACUUUUUCGUUAACCUGAUGAUCAAACCGACUCCCUGUGACCUUCUACUCAAAACGCAUUUCUGCUCAAAGAUCCGCGCCUCGUUCCUGUAAGUUCGAAAUAUAGAAUAAAUCAUGCAUAAAAUGAUUUGCAGAUUUGCGUUCUGUUUAGUAUCCACGAGUCAUGCUGGAAUACUGAUUGAAAGGUCUUGGGCGACGUGGCACGUGCGCAAAUAUGAAAAACAGGGAAAAACUCUUGGAUUAAUUUUGGCUAUAUUAGCGGUGAGUGGGAGGGCUUUUUGAGCUCUGGUAUUUUGUGGGACCAUAGAUUGAAAGCCCAGAAGAAUACAUUUUUCAGGUUGGCGUUGCCGCAACAACUAUUUUUAUUGUAAUUCUACCCGAGGAUGGCGAGGAGAUGAUAACAACCUGUCUCACUUUUUCCGCUUCAAAAUCUAUUGGCUCACGCAUUUAUGUCAUGUUUUUUGUGCAACUCAUCCUGGAUGCCGUUAUUUCCGGAGUUCAUCUGACCUUGUACAAGUACAACAAGUCAGUCAUCUUUCUGUUUUCUUAAAAACCUCUCAUUCUAUUUCCCGUUCAGAAUGGCUAAAGGAUCAUCGGAUCUCUCGGCUCAAUUCCAGCGUAACGAGAACGUGAAAACGCUGAAACAAGUGACGCCUCUUUUGAUUCUCUCGAAUGUGACCAUUGGUGUCUACAUCUUCAUUCUCUCCGUGUUUCGGCUCUACAAAAACUAUUUGCCGCCGAAUUGGUACGAGAUCAUUGCGGCCAAUCUUUUUGUGAGUUCACGUCGGUGGGAAUGGGAAAACUGGAAAGGAGACGUGUUUCCAAGAAUUUGUAGACGUCAUGGUUUUCUGCUGAACUCUGAUGCAACCAGAGCUGGGCAAAGGCCGGGCCAGGCUUCACGGACUUUUAACCCAAUUUCAGUAAAUUGAUCGGACUCAACCUGAAUUCAAGUAUCUUGGGUUCAAGUUUGAGAUUAAUGGGAUUUUUUUUAAUUUAGAGAAAUGUGGGUCAGAUGCCAAAAACGUCGCUGUUUUUGCACAAAACCGAUAUUUUGGCUCGAACCAGUAUAUCUCAUGACCAGAUGAUCCAAUCGGUCUGAAACUAAGGUUCAAGAUACUUAAAUCGAAGCCCAAGAAACGUGAAAAGUUUGUGUCCAAUCGGAAGAUUGCAACUGUGCUAAAUGUCCAGGCCUUCAAAAAGCCUGGGCCGGCCUUUGUCCAACCCUGGAUAAAACCUACAUCUAGCAAAGUUCAACCAACUUUAUUAAAAAGAACUAUGUACACAUUUGCGAAAUGUUCAUUCAGAAAUCUUUUUCAUCCUUUUCAAUUAGGUGUUAUUCAAAACUUCACUUUCACAUUUUCUUCCAGAUAAUGCCGCACAUGCCAUUCAUGUUCACUUCCCUGAUCCUCUAUGAAUUGCGUCUCGGCCAGAAGCGGCAGGCAAAAAUUCACCGCCAAAUGAUGGCUAGUCAAGACGUGCCGCUGGACGACCAAUUCCACAUUGCCAUCGAAAAUUGGGAUGUUCAAUAUCAGCACCGUCUAGAGGCCAAAGACAUGAAACCUGUUAGCUUCAACUGGGGCUCUGCAAAAGUGAUAUCCAAGUUUAAAAAGCGUCAGAGUACUGUAGCGGUUGUCUCGUCGACGCCUUGA